CGGCGGCAGCGGCGGCGGCGGCAGCGGCAGCGGCAGCACCACCUUCCGCAGAGCAGCGGCAGCAGCAGCAGCAGCGCAGCGCGGGGAGGCGCGGAGCCGCGGGAGCGCCAAUGCCCGGACCGACCCAAGCCCUGUCCCCAAAUGGCGAGAACAAUAACGACAUCAUCCAGGACAACGGCACCACCAUCAUCCCCUUCAGGAAGCACACGGUGCGGGGGGAGCGCUCCUACAGCUGGGGAAUGGCGGUCAACGUGUACUCUACCUCUAUAACCCAAGAGACUAUGAGCAGACAUGACAUCAUCGCAUGGGUUAAUGAUAUAUUAGCUUUAAACUACACAAAAGUUGAACAGCUCUGUUCAGGAGCAGCUUACUGCCAGUUCAUGGACAUGUUGUUCCCCGGGUGUAUAAGCUUGAAGAAAGUAAAGUUCCAGGCAAAGCUGGAACAUGAAUACAUUCACAACUUCAAGCUUCUGCAAGCAUCGUUUAAAAGAAUGAAUGUGGAUAAGGUAAUUCCAGUGGAAAAACUGGUCAAAGGACGCUUCCAAGACAACUUAGAUUUCAUUCAGUGGUUUAAGAAGUUCUUUGAUGCUAACUAUGAUGGGAAAGAGUAUGAUCCUGUGGAAGCUCGACAAGGCCAAGAUGCUCUUCCCCCACCAGAUCCUGGUGAACAAAUCUUUAAUCUGCCCAAAAAGUCCCACCAUGCAAACUCUCCUACUGCAGGUGCUGCUAAAUCCAGUCCAGCUUCUAAACCGGGAUCAACACCUUCUCGCCCAUCUUCAGCAAAAAAGGCUGCACCGAGCAGCUCAGCAUCCAAAUCAGAUAAAGAUUUGGAAACUCAAGUCAUACAGCUCAGUGAACAGGUACAUUCAUUAAAACUUGCACUUGAAGGAGUGGAGAAGGAAAGGGAUUUCUACUUUGGCAAAUUAAGGGAGAUUGAACUUCUCUGCCAAGAACACGGGGGAGAGAAUAAUGACCUUGUCCAUCGGCUAAUGGAAGUCCUCUAUGCUUCAGAAGAACACGAGAGCCACACAGAGGAGCAUGAAGGCGAAGAGCAGGUCCACGAACAGCCCCAGCAGCAGGAGGAGUACUGAUUCACGCAGCAUCUCUGACAAUUUUCAUUUUGUGUGAGAACUUUCUUCUGGAGAAUGGAACAUGUGUGGCCUCAAACUUGAAAUCAGUUCACUCCCAGUCUGCCAUUAACAUUUAUGUACCAUAGUGAGUGCCAGCCAACCACUGCAUUCUGUACCCAUACUUUGCCAAGAUGCGUUUGCAGAAGUCUUCUUUCAGUGUAUCCUCCCGAGAGGCUGUAGGGCUACAUCACCUACUGUACAUCACUGCAACUUUACCACUUGGCUGCUUGAGAUUUGUUCUGCUCUUUAAGAAAAUAUAUAUAUUUAUUUUUUUUUCUUUUUGUCUUAAGUAUGAUACACUUGUAACUUGUUCUAACAUAUUUAUAUUGGCAUUUUGUGUGGCAAGAAGUACCGUACCACUAGCUGUGUCUCUCACUUUUGUGGUGCUUUGGCAUUUUCUUGUACGUCUGCCCUGAGGCAUAAAUUUGGUCAAACAAUUGGAAUAAAGGGAUACAGUGGAAGUCAUGUUCAAGCCAUAACGAUGAGAUGUGUUGUGGAGGAAAAUGCUCGUGUUGCUCACGUUUGUUCCUUUCCUGCCUUUACCAAAUGGGAGGCAAGGCAUCUGUUUCACUAGGAGAGACUUAAAACCUUGUGUUAGAAAGCUGCAUGGUAUGUUUUUUGGCUUAAUUCUGGAGGACAGACAUCCACUUAAGUUCUUCAAAACCCUCCCAGUUUCUUGACUAGUCAAUAGACAUUUCCUAGCUUUUCUUCCUUCCUGAUGAACUCUGUCCCAGCCUGCAGCUGCAGCUCCGCCUCCACAGGGCACAGUGCUGAUGGAGGUGCAGAAAUCUCCUUGACACAAGUGUAGCUGCAGGACACCAUCUCUGCCAUCACACUUGGCUCCGCACCCUCAGAAGAGGACAAAGUAGGGCAACUGUUUCCUUCUGCUCUGCUGCCCCGACACAAGCAUGGAUGAGGAAACCAACCACAGAACCAGCCCUGAAAACCUCCCAGCCCCCUAGAAGUGGUGAUGAGCACCUUGUGGGUGCCGAGGCUGCUUCUGAAGCACGAAGAGGAGUCAAGGAGUCCUCCUUGAGGUGGUGUGCCCAUCCAACUGGCCAGGGGCACCGCACUUGGCUGAGUCCUCCAGUGAAGCCAGCAUGCUGCACAAAUGCAUCAAACCUGGAGGUGCCUGUGGUGAGAGUGCUCCCUUCCAGAACGGUCUCUGCUACCCUGUUCUAAAGGAUGGUAUUUUAUCAACAGAAAUAUCUUGAAGUGUACAAAGCAUUCCUUGUUUUUAUUGUGGAACUGUGCAUUCUGGUUGCUCUGAGUAUUUUAUGCUUGGUAUUCUUGGCCUCUCAAUUUUCUGAAUUCCAAAUUUUCCUCUAGUUAAGCAGGUACUUGGGAGUCCCAGCUCAGUCUGCAGUCAUUGAAAAGUUCAAAAGCCCAUAGAACAGCAGAAUCACCUUAGGUCUAAAGCUAACCUAACCUCAAGCUCAGGUUCCCAGCUGAUGCUUCCACAGAAAGGGUUUUAAUGAAUCAGCCCCCCAACACACACACACACACACACACACACACACACACACACACACACUCGCAUGCGGCUUUCUAUUCCCAAGAAAUCUUUUGCAGCUAAGUGGCUCUGAGUGAAAUGUGACAACGCUGCUGUUGUGCUGCGCCGCAGGCAAUAUAUAGAAUACUGCUAGACAUUAGAACAGGUAUUUCAGUUCCCUUGAUCACUCCCCCUGCCCCGCAGGAGAGUUUUGGACCAUCCGGAUUGAGGGUUUCCUGGCUGUGCCUCCAGCACCAGCCCGGUGACACCAAAAGUGCUGCAACCAACAACAGGGCAGUGCUUCCCUUCCUGAUUUUGAUUGGGUACAAGUAAGAUCUGGUGUAUAAAAAUGCAUAUUUUCCAAAGGAAUUAUUUCCGGGAAUCACCACAGAUGGGGGAAUUGUCAUUUUCAUUGUAUUUGUGUUUAUUAGAACAUAUGUACUUAUUACAAUUGUCAUUGUAAUAAACAGUAGUUCUUCAUAA